ACCUCCAAUUUCAUUCAUUCAUUCUCAUUCCUUAUCCUCCUCUCCCAUUCUUCCAUCUUUACCCUUACUCCUAUCCCUAUUCCGAUGUCGUUAACGGAGAAAUCCAGCUCACCGUUAUCUCUAUUCCCGUUCUAUCAUUCCAAGAAGAAGCCUCUCAAACCCUCUUCCAAACCCUUCGACGAAACCCUAAUUCGCCGUCUCGAAUCCCUCCUCCCAAUCCCCACCUCGCCGGCGCCGGCUCCGACCUCGGCGAUCCCCCUCUCAUGGCUCUCCCGCUCUGCCGACCUCCUCGCCCUCACUCUCAACGACGCCUGCGCCAUCAUCUCCGACCCUUCCCUUUCCGGCUCCGAUCUUAACGCCCUCUCAUCCCAUCUCGACUCCUCCGUCGCCCUUCUCGACGCCUGCAACGCUGCCACGGCCGAGAUUGAUCGCAUCCUCCGGUCCCGUCUUCACCUCCGCCUCGCGCUCCACCACCUUGCUUCUGUUCCCCCACGGCUCCGGAGAGCUAGGGAGUUGAUCUCCGAGUGGGAUCGGUCCCCGCGGGGAGGGUUCAAAGCGUCGGUGCAUCUCAGCGAGGCUCCACGCGGGAAGAUCUCGGUUGUCCGGCGAGCGAUCUACGCCGUUGAGGCGGUCUCUUCCCUUGUCGUUGGAUCAAUCGCCGCCGUGAUCGGCGGCGGGGAAACGAAGGAUCUGGAUCGGAUCUACGUUUCCGAGGAUUCGUACCCUUGGGCGCCGGCUUUCAACAAGGUUUUGGAAGCAGUGAAGGAGAGAGCGAAGUCGGGUGUCGCCGGCGAGGUGGCGGCGAUGGCAGUGGCUGUCCGGCGAUUGACGACGGUGAUUGAUGGUGAAGAGGAAGAGGGGUUGGUGGAGAGAGUAGCUGAAGCGGUGAAGGAGACGGAGAAGGCGAUGGAGAAGAUGGUGGAGGGCAUGGAUCGGUUGACGGCGGCGAUCAACGGAGUUUUUACGGCGACGAUGAGCACCAGAAACGCGGCGUUGCGUAGUUACCGAAUUGGCCCUCAGAAAUGUAAAUAAUAAAUUAUAUA